CGGGGGGGACGCAGCAGAGACCGCAUGACCUUGUGGGCUGCUGAUCGUCCUCAUUAAAGGAGAUUUAUCCAUCGACACGGACACCGGCCACAGUCAUGGAGAUCCUCACUCAUCUCUUCAACGACACGGUUGAGUUCUACAAAUGGAGUCUCACUAUUGCAGACAAGAGGGUGCAGAAAUGGCCCCUGAUGGACAACCCCCUGCCCACCUUGGCCAUCAGCAGCUCGUACCUGCUGUUCCUCUGGCUGGGGCCCAAGUACAUGAAGAACCGGGAGCCCUUCCAGCUCCGCAAGACCCUCAUCGUCUACAACUUCAGCAUGGUCUUCCUCAACUUCUUCAUCUUCAAAGAGCUCUUCAUGGCGGCCCGGUCUGCUAGCUACAGCUAUAUCUGCCAACGUGUCGACUAUUCAGACGACCCCAAUGAAGUCAGGGUGGCUGGGGCGUUGUGGUGGUACUUCGUCUCCAAGGGGGUGGAGUACCUCGACACGGUGUUCUUCAUCCUGAGGAAGAAGUUCAACCAGGUCAGCUUCCUCCACGUCUACCACCACUGCACCAUGUUCACCCUCUGGUGGAUCGGCAUCAAGUGGGUGGCCGGGGGACAGUCAUUCUUCGGUGCACACAUGAACGCAGCCAUCCACGUGCUGAUGUACCUGUAUUAUGGGCUGGCCUCCUGCGGACCCAAGAUCCAGAAAUACCUGUGGUGGAAGAAGUACCUGACCAUCAUCCAAAUGAUCCAGUUCCACGUCACCAUCGGCCACACGGCGCUCUCCCUCUACGUGGACUGUGACUUCCCCCACUGGAUGCACUACUCCCUCAUCUGCUACGCCAUCACCUUCAUCGUGCUCUUCGGCAACUUCUACUACCAGACCUACCGCCGCCAGCAGCCCCGCCGCGACGCCUCCUCCUCCUCCUCCUCCUCCUCCACCUCCUCCGCCUCCAGGGCGGGCAAAGCCCUGGCCAACGGGACCUUCAACGGCCUGAGCAGCAAGGCCGCAAACGGAGCCUCGGCAGCGGGUAGAGGAGAGGACAGCAAGCCCCAGGAGAACCCGGGCCGCAGGAAGAGGAAAGGAAGGGCCAAGAGGGAUUAGGAGGAGAGGGUCGGAUGAUGGGGAUGAUGAUGAUGAUGAUGAUGAUGAUGAUGAAGAAGACGAUGAUGAUGAUGACGACGACGAAGAGGCCACGCCUGUUGGGUCCCUCCCCUCAGUUGUGAGUUUGGGAAAAACAACGAGAGACUCUAAUUGGAUGUAGAGGCGGAGGGGUUGGAUGGAUGAAUGGAUGGGCUAACUGCUGGAUAGAUGAAUGAAUGAAUGGAUGCGUUUACUGGUGGAUAGAUGGAUGGAUGGACAGAUGGAUUUACUGGUGGAUAGAUGGAUGGUAAGGUUAAAUGUGCCAUUUUGAGCUGAGUUUCUUUAGAUGUGAGAUGCGUCUUUGCGCUUAUCCGAGUAACACUCGGGGAACGCAGUUAUGAUAAAAUGACCUUUAACAGAAAUACUCCAUAAUCAAGAGGUUUGUGGUUGAGGUCAUAUCAAGGUAGUGUUUCUCUCUGAGAAAGAUGAUUGGAAGGGGAUUAGAAUUUA